UCUUAUCCAGCGGCGGCGGCUCCUUCCCAGACCCCAAACCCUCAGCCCCCGACUCGCCUGGCAGCGCAGCCCCUUCUCCCCCAGAUUCGUACGAGUGUCGGAUGCAAGAGCCUGUGCUUAAGUAAGAAAUCAGGCCUUACUGGAGACAUUCAAGCAAAGGUUGGACAACUACUUUUCCAGAACAGAAAGGAAUCUCAUGCAUCAGAAAAGGUGACUAAUAAACGUUCCAAAAGAAUAUGGCUGCACAAAUACCAGAAUCUGAUCAGAUAAAACAGUUUAAGGAAUUUCUUGGAACCUACAAUAAACUUACAGAAACCUGUUUUUUGGACUGUGUUAAAGACUUCACAACAAGAGAAGUAAAACCUGAAGAGAUCACCUGUUCAGAACAUUGCUUACAGAAAUAUUUAAAAAUGACACAAAGAAUAUCCAUGAGAUUUCAGGAAUAUCAUAUUCAGCAGAAUGAAGCCCUGGCAGCUAAAGCAGGACUCCUUGGCCAACCACGAUAGAGAAGUCCUGAUUUGUGGACUUUCAAUGAAAGAUUGCCAACAGCUGUUGCACUGGAAAUGUGGAUUCAUCUGAUAGAAUACCCUGAAAGCAGUAGCCACAAUGUUAAACCGUCUGUUGUGACUGUUUGGCAAAUGGAAACCGCUGGAGAAACAAAAUCUCUAUUUACCAGGAAUAAUCAAGAUAGAAGGUCUUAAUGUUCAGUGAAAAUAAUAAGAUGCAACAUUUGUUGAGGCCUUAAGAUUCAGCAGUUGGUCACUUGAUUAGAAAAAUAAACCAUUGUUUCUUCAAUUGUGACUGUUAAUUUUAAAGCAAACUAUGUGUUCAAUCAUGUAUGAGAUAUAAAAAAGUUUUUAUUACUAAAAGUAAAAUAAAUGGAAACAUCACUGAUUGUUUAUACUAUAUAUACCACAUAGUGUUCUGACUUGACUGUGGAUACGUUGAAAUGUUUUUCAGUCAGGAUCAACCUCCCAGCAUUCCUGUUUAUUCAUUUCUGCCUCAAAUCGCUGGUGAAUACAUAAAAUAGUUACUUGCUAAUCAUUUCAAUGCACAAUUCUUUUCUUACCUCCUUUCUUUUGUCAGGGUGGGCAUUACACAUUCUUAUCCUAGUUACGUUUUCAUAUAUCUUUAGGAAACAUCGCAUCUGCGACUAGCUUGAGAAUAUUUAAGACUUGACUGUUAUGCUCUAAUGGAGUCUAUUAUUUUGUUGAAAAGCUGGGAAUCCAACACAAAUGAUUCUGAGACUGACCAACAAUAUACAGUUUAUUCUUAGCCAUGAUAUGUAGUCUAAUAAAAAGUAAACCAAAGUUAAAGUAGUGUCUUCAAGCAUUUGAAGGAAUUCUAGUUGAUGCAGUUUGGUAAAUGUAAGUGGGCUAAUAUCUACCAAUCACUUGGCUUAUAUAUGGAUUUCAUUUGAUACCAAUAUAAAACUGUAUUUAAGAGAACAAUAGCCUGUUCGUUUAAAUUUACCAGUGAUUUUUCUAUGCUUUGUCAUGUUAAUGAAAGUAAAAGUACUGUCCUGCUUUAAAGUUGAAAUGUUGAAAUAUAAUAAAAUACAUAAUUCAUUAUUGCCAAGGGAACACUAAAGAAUAGGCUUGUUUGCUUCAUCUUAAAGCAAAAAAAAGCAACCAAAAAUUCAGAUUUCACUCAUUUAAAACUUUAGGUUCAGAUUGCUUUACCAGCCAGCCACCAAAAAAAAAAAAAGACUGGACAAUGCACACACAUCCUUUACUAUUUCUGUGUAAUCA